CUGAGACGCAGAAACGCAGAAGAAGGUUCCACAGGGAUUAUUCUGAAGACAGCAUGGCGACGGAAUGUAUUAAAAACUGCUGCAGGUUUUUUGUGACCAAGGAAAAGGAGCCGGACCCUCAGAUCAUUAAAGCUCCGGUCCCUGGAAAGGCAGUGAAGGAGAGCGGAGGGAAGAAGAAUGUGGGCGUCUCUGAGGAUUAUCUCCUCUCCAAACUGCCUCCUGAUGGAAAAGAGGUCCCCUUCGUCCUCCCCUCCUUCAGGCCGUCCUACAUACAGCCCCGAGGAGCUCCGUACCCCAACUAUCAGGGUUCUGCAUGGGCCACGUAUGUAGACAGGAAGGCGGAGCUUGCUGCUGCUGGACAAAUCGUAUAUGACCCCAAUGUCCCUGUUCUCCCGGGUCAUGUCAUCAGUUUUGUGUCACCGGGGUCCGUGAGACGGCCCAUUCUGAGAGGCAAUCUUGGAGGCGGUGUGUCAGCCUGGGAUCAGAAUGGAAAGCAGAGACUCAGUGCCUCUAUGUUAGACCUGUCCAGCCCUCACAGCCAUAUGCAGCGCUUUGACUCAAUGUCCAGUGUCCAGAGCAGCACGUCCUCCAUACAGGAUUCCUUCGGGAGCAGCCGUAGCCUAGAGUCUAUAACGCUGUCUGGUGACGAGCGGGAGCUGGGGAAGGUGUGUGUGCUGUUGAGCUAUCAGGAGGCGGUGGAGCAGGUGUGGAUCACCGUGGUGCAGUGUAAGGACCUGUGUGUUUGUGCAGAGGGAGCAGAGCAGCUGAGGGUCAGGAUUAAAGGGGUCAUCACCAUGGCGAGACCUGUGCAGUUUAAAACUUCAGUUAAAGACGCAACACCGGACAUGGUGUUUAUUGAGACGUUUGUGUUCUCUCUAAGCCUGGAGCAGUUGCGCAGUUCUGCACUUCUGCUGCGACUGCAGACACACACGCCGCGCAAGCGCACACUGGGAGAGUGUGUGUUAUCCCUCAGAACGCUCGGACCGCAGGAGACCCAACACUGGCUGGACAUCAGACCGCCCUGCAAACCACGCGUUUGUCAUGCUGAGCUCGAGCUGGCUACAUGCUUCCAGCCGGUCAGCAGCCGGAUUCAGCUCCAGAUCCUCAGCGCUCAGAAUCUACCAUCAUCAUCCUCACUCCUCACACAGAGUUUCUUUGUGAAAGUGGAGAUGUUUAGUGAUGGACGCUUCAUACUGAAAAGGAAGACGAAGGUAGUGAGGUCAUCUGGAGGUCAGGUCCAGUGGGGGGAGUCGAUGCUCCUACCGAUCACUAACCAGGACCACAAUCUACAGCUGGCAGUCAAACUGUACAGCCGCGGAUCCAUACGCAGAAAACACCUGCUGGGACAGGUUCUCCUGGGUUUUGAAAGUCCAUCACCCGAGGCCAUGGAACAGUGGAAAGACUCCAUCUCACACCCUGAAAAAAUAGUGACGGCAUGGCACAGAGUCAGACAUUCCUGAGAGAGAAAGAGGAGACAAAGAGAGAGAGAGAAUGUAGAGAAAGAGGUAGAACGACAGGCAGGUAGACCACACAGUGCGCAGGCCAUGAGCCGACUGAAUGCACGUGUAAACAUGAACACAGGUAUUAUGCAGCUCUUUCUGCAUUACUGCAUGACAAACUGCUGCACAGCUGUCAACAAGAGUGCUUGAGAAACAUGUUUUUUGUCUUAAAUGGUCUGUUUCUAGGCUUUUCUGGCUUUACGUUGGAUAGACCACUGUGAAAAACACAAGACUGUGUUCAGAAGCCGCUUUCACUGGCUUUGAUAGGACUAUCAGGGCCGUCUAGGUGUCUAGACAAGGCCUUAUGAUUUCUGGGAACUAAAAAAUUCUGUCAUUUUUAGUUCGUUUUUAUUUAAUAGAAUCAAAUGAAUUGAUUGUUGUAUUUAAACUCUGCAAGUAUUGUAGUUAUGCUCUCAUUUCAUUAAGUUAUAGUUGGGACGCUUGCGACGCCCAAGGGUAAACUGUUGGUAGAUACAGCCAAGUGAGCUCUCCCAUUGGUUAGGACUUCAGGAGAUGGACUGACUACCAUCAUAAAUAGGAAACGACAGAGAAAUCAACCAAUCACAUGUUGUUUUUCUGAGGGUGGGACCCCUUUCAUGAGAAAAAAUGGCCUUCUGGAAGUCCUAGAGUGUUUAAUGUAGAACAGCCAAAAUUUUUUAUCUGUGCCAUUGUUUGUUUCGUGCUAACAUACUAUUAGAACUCCCAUAGGGGUGCUAGAAAUUAGCAUUAUCAUAAUGGUGUUCUUCAUAGAGGUGUCUUUUUUUGCCAUUUGUGAGACUUUAACACUUUAAAAUCAUACAUAUCAUCUUUUUAGUGUAAAAAUAGGUGAAAAAGUGAGCAGCAAUUAAACCUCAACUGUAGAUUGUGUUUCUUUUAGCUGUAGUUUUUUUCAGAUGCAUUGAAUUUGCUUGAAUCAAAUGUGCUCAUCAACACAACUAUUGCCUUUAUUGUGUACUUACCUUUGGCAGUAACUCUAGAAAGAGAAUGUGUCCUUAUAUUACGUGGCCUUUUUAUGGGUCACAGAAGGCCGAAACACUUUUAAAAAAGCUUUUAUUUUUAGAAGUUAAACGGAUUGAAUUACGUUCCCGUCUGAAGGAAAUUCAAUCCUUCAAUCUGUCGCUUUUUUCCACAAACAGCAAGAGAGGCAGGACGAGCGAGAGAGAGCGAGUAGGACAAAGGAACGUUUGUGUUUGUAAGGUUUUCCAUUGCUGUUCAAUUCCUGCCUGCGUUACUUUUUCAGUGUGGCGGAAAUGAACUUCAUAUUGAAUUGUGCGUGUUUAUCCACUCAUUCUGCGCUACAUAUAGAUGUAGAAAGCUGUUACUGUCUUAUUAUGUAAGUGGUAUUUUAACAGGUGUUUGAGCUCCAUCUGUUUUUGCAGUUACUGUGACGUAUGAAGGGUGACUUAUCAAAAUCUGGCAACCUGACAUUAGUGCUUUUAAGGCUUGGGCUGGAUCCCUAGAUAAGUUUGCAGUUGAGCGGUGCUGUGAGAAAAACUGAACUGGAGCACGCUGUAGUUUUUAAGCAUUUGAAUGUAUUAUAAAUAUAUAUAAAUUACUAAUAAUGUAUUAUUCUUUACGGGAAAUACCCACAUGUAGUGUCUAAUCAAUUAAAGUAAACAAUGUCUG